AUGCCGUUCGCCACCACAUCCGACAACCAAGAAAUCUACUACGAAACGCACGGCCCCGCGACCAGCGCAACCACGUUAGCGUUUGUAUCCGGCUACUUCGGGAUCACCGCGAUCUGGCACUCGCUGAUCACGCGGCUCAGCGCCCGCGGCUACCGCUGCAUCGCCCACGACAGCCGCGGAUACGGGCGCUCCGCCAAGCCGACCGCCGAAGAGGCGUACAGCAUCCCGCGGCACGCGGAGGACGUGCACGCCGUCCUCGCUGCCGCCGACAUCCCCCCGACAUCCCAACUGGUGCUGGUGACGCACUCGAUGGGCGGAAACAUCGGGGCGGCGUAUUGCCUCGCCCACCCGGGGCGGGUGGCCGGGCUGAUCCAGACGGGUACCUAUAUCGACGGGGCGCGCAUCCAGGCGAUCCUGAGCUACGAGGCCCUGACCUCUGGGGUGGAGAGCCCGAGCAAGUGUGUGGCGUUCUAUACGAACAUGGGGCUCGAGGAAGCGACGGCGCUGGAGGCGGCGAAGUGGCCGGCCUACUGUCGGAGAUACAACGCCAGGGCGUUGUUGGGAUGGGCGAUCGGGGAUGAUCAGUAUGCCGACCUCACGGUUCCGGGGUUGGUGGUGCAGGGGGAGUUGGACGCUGCGACGCCGGUGGAGCUGCUGUGUCGGCCGAUCGUGGAGGCGAUGCCGGCGUGUCGGUUGGCGGUGUUGCCGGGGGUGGCGCAUUUCCCGCCGACGGAGGCCCCGGAGGAGGUGGAGCGAUUGGUGGUCGAGUUUGUGCGGGGGUUGUGA